AUGCCUUAUCGUAGAAGUCCGCCAGUAAUGAAAGCCAUGCACGACAGAGUAGAUGAAUUGAUUGCAAAGGGUUAUAUUCAGCCUUUAAAUAGUGCUUGGGCCAGCUCACCGGCUGUUUUCGAAGGAUUCCGCAAGGCUGGAAUAAAAAUGAAUGAAGAGAAAAGUCAUUUCGGUUGCUCUAAAGUUCAUUUUCUGGGCUUUAUAAUUAAUGAAGAUGGUUUGAAACCCGAUCCAGCUCGAUUGGAACCGAUUGCAGACUACAAACGACCCACUAACCAUAAGGAAUCGCGAAGAUUUAAUGGGUUAGUUAACUGGUACCAUAAACAUCUUAAAAAUGUUGCUCAGGUUCAAGGUCCCUUGAACAAAUUGACAAGUACUCGAGUUCCAUGGGAAUGGACAGAUGUUGAAGAAAAAGCUUUUGUGGAAACGAAAGAAGUCUUAUUAAAAGCUGCAACAUUAUCAUUACCACGUCCAGACUUGCCCUAUUGGUUAUAUAUAGCUUAUCUAGAUGACAUCAGCGUUAUCACUCCGACGUUAGAUAAGUAUUUGGAAAUAUUAGAGGAAGUCCUAAAGCGAUUACGAGAGUGGACUGAGGUCGAAGAAGCUUUAUUUCAGGCACUGAAACAGGCCAUAGUGGAGACACUAGUGAUGAGUACGCCUGACUACUCUCUGCCAUUUGUACUUUAUACAGAUGCGAAUCAAUCGGGAUUGGGUGCAGUGCUGAUUCAGCGUGAUGAUAAUAAUGAACGACUGAUCGCGUGUGUCCUCAAAUCAUUAACUCCUGCUGAAGCCAACUAUAGCUUUACGGAAAAAGAGUGCCUUGCUGUGGUGUGGGCAUACUGCUACCAGAAGAAGAAUAAAUGGUGGGUAUUACAACAGGCCCAUGACCAUCCUCAAUCAGGCCAUUUGAGAAUCCGAAAAACCCAGGAACGUGUAAAGGUACGAUAUUAUUCGCCGGGUAUGUCCAAAGAUAUUCGUCAUUACGUGCUGAAGUGCGAAACAUGCAUCGAUGCAAAGCCGGUUCAGCAGAAGCCGCUGGGUUUAAUGAAAGCCAAAGCCCUAAUAGAACUGUGGGAAGUAAUGGCCGCAGAUACCAUGUCGUUCACUCGUUCAAAAUCUGGAUUUGCGUAUUUGAUAAUCUUUGAAGAUUUGUACACACAGUGGAUUAAGUGUGUUCCGGUAAGGGCAGCAAAUGGUAAAACAGUGACUAGCAGUUUUAAACAAGCGAUUUUGAACCGGUGGGGAACGCCAAAGGUGUUUUGGACCGAUAACGGUCAGGAAUACAUCAUUAAAGAUGUGCAAGCCGUUAUCGAAGAAUGUGGUAUACAACACAUGACUACACCGCCAUACCACGCACAAGGCAACCCAGUAGAACGUGUAAAUCGGAACGUCAAAACGAUGAUAAUGAGUUACUUGGAGGACGACCAUCGGGAAUGGGAUAAGUACAUCUAUAAGUUCCACUUUGCAUACAACACAGCUAAUCAAGAAAGCUUGGGAGUGAGUCCAGCUUUUUUCAACUUUAGUCGAGAUCCGUGUCCAAUGAGAUGCUAUAGACAUGACAACGAUGGGAUCCAACUCGAGGCUGAUGUGGAUCAAUCAUCCUGGAUAGCAUGGAUGGAUCGAAUGGUAGAGCUGAGGGAUGUGGUCAACCAGAACAUCCGUCGGGCUCGGAACGCUAUGCAAAGUAUUAUAAUAAAACUCGCCGAGUGGGGGUAUAAAUUGUGUUGA